GAGUCGGACUUAUACUUUUUUGCGAGGAUGUUUUAGAAAUAUAAACAAUAAACAAUGGGCGUUCUUUUCCACGUACCACCUCGAUUUCCGUGCCCUGUCAUCAAGGGGUUUACCCCAAAACUUUCCGAUUUCACACUCAUUUCGGUGUAAAAACAUUUAUAUAACAUAAUCAUGAUAUGCCUGCUGGUAUAAUCGGCCAUAUUUAUGUCUAUAUCUCUUUAGGUCUGUGAUUUCUUCUAUGAACUAGCGAUGGCCUCUUUGUCUUGUUCUCUCCCCAAGCUUUGCUUCAAUUCCAACUGUAAUCAAUUGCUUCAUCACAACUCUCGCCGUGGAUGGCGCCGCCGCACCGGCGACUUCGCCGAUUUAUGCGAUCGAUGCGCUACUGCUUUCGAAGAGGGGAACUUUUGCGAGUCUUUCCACCUAAAUGCUUCUGGUUGGAGGUCCUGUGAGACGUGUGGGAAGAAAAUUCACUGCGGUUGCAUUGUCUCAUCUCAUAUGUUCGUCUUACUGGAUGCUGGAGGGAUCGAAUGUAUAACGUGCACAAAUAAAAGUCAUGUCUUGACACCAAACCCUGCAUGGCCACCACCUUCACUUAUCUUACCGGUGCUACCUGAAAGAGUCAAAGAUCUCUCUGUAACAAAUUGGAGUUCGAUAGCUGCAUCAGGGCCCAAGCCUUGUCGUCAAGCGCCUACGUUCUUUGAUCAAGACUUGCAUCCAAAGAUGCCUGUAGAAGUUGACAUAUCUACCGGCAUUAAUAGGCACAUUGGAAGUAAAAAACUCACCAACUCUCCCAUAGAGAAAAGGAACAAUCUGGAUGCUUCUGGAAGACUUGUAAAUGGAAGUUUGAAGCAUGGUGCUUCACUGUUACUAGAAAAUGGGACAUCUGUAAGCAAGUGUGACGAGCAGCCUAGUGCAUAUGGUAAUGAUAAACCACUGAGUGCUGUAUCAAAAGAUGAAACUUCUAGUCCUCAUAUACAUCUGGCUCACAAUCAUGCAUCAAAAAGUAAAACAGGGGACCAUUUCAAGGUUUCUGUAAGUUAUGCACAACGAUCAACUCCUCCAACAGCAGCAGUGAAAAACUUCGGAAGUCCCAAUGGAGUUGGCUCAUCUGGUGAAUCUCGAACCUGCAAUGAAAGGCCUCAAGGUCGAAAUCAGUUACUUCCACGGUACUGGCCUAAGAUAACUGACAAGGAGCUGCAACAAAUGUCAGGAGACACAAACUGUGUAAUUACGCCUUUGUUUGAGAAGACGUUAACUGCCAGCGAUGCUGGAAAGAUUGGGCGUUUAGUUCUUCCAAAAAAAUGUGCAGAGGUUUACCUUCCUUCAAUUUCUAACUCAGAAGGAAUACCUCUUCUUGUACAAGAUUUGAAAGGACAGGAGUGGGUAUUUCAGUUUCGAUUCUGGCCCAACAAUAACAGCAGAAUGUAUGUUUUAGAGGGGGUCAUUCCUUAUAUUCAAUCUAUGCAAUUGCGAGCAGGCGAUACAGUAACAUUUAGUAGGUUGGAGCCUCAUGGAAAGUUGGUCCUGGGAUGCAGGAAGAAGACUUCCACUUCAUCAGAUCAGAUAACGGAAUCAGUUAAUACUGGUGAUAAAGUGUAUGCCGGAGAAGCUAUAGCGAAAACUACUAAACCUGGAGAAGUCAUGGAUCAGCGUUAUUCGAAUGGCAAUUCAGCAUCAUCUAACCUUUUGCCAAUGAAUAAGGCAGACAUAGCAGACUCAGCAAGAAACUGUUUUGAAGUUGAAAUCCACAACAAUGCCAAGGCAGUGCCUGGAGCUAAACUAGAUUUAUGUAGUAAGAGGGAGCAUACUGGCUUAGGUCCAAAGAGUAAAAGAUUACGAAUCGAAACCGAGGAGUUAAUGGAGCUAAAGCUCACCUGGGAGCAGGCUCAAGGACUGUUUCGUCGUCCUCCCAAUGAUGUCCCGAAGGUCGUGGUUAUUGAAGGCUGCGAAAUUGAAGAAUAUGAGGAGCCACCAAUUAUAGGAAUGCCUACUAUUGUAGCAACAGAUGAUGUGGGUGAAAGCGUUCAAUGGGCACAAUGCGGGAAUUGUUCCAAAUGGCGUAAAGUUCCGGGCUAUGCUAUUGUUCCAUCAGGGUGGACAUGCUCUGGAAACUUAUGGGAUCCUAAGAGAUCUCUUUGUUCUGUUGAUCAAGAAUUAACAUCUGAGGAGCUCCAAGAUUUGCUACCAGCAGCUGGAGCUAAAAAAUUGAAAACUGACAAAGAGAAUCCAGAUUCACUUGAGGCUUUAGAAGGGCUAGACGCACUUGCUAACCUAGCUAUCAUGGAAGAUGGAGAUGUUGAUGCGUCAUCAUCACAGUUUACAACCAAACACCAGUUUACAACAAAACACCCUCGUCAUAGACCUGGUUGCUCUUGCAUAGUUUGCAUUCAACCUGCUAGUGGGAAGGGCCAAAAGCACAAGCCAACAUGUGUAUGUAAUGUUUGCUCGACAGUAAAGCGCCGUUUUAAAACCCUGCUGUUGCGGCGGCAGACGAAGCAAUCAGAGAAAGAAGCUGAAACAGCACAACAAAAGCUACAACAGUCUGAACAAUCAGGUGAUGAGGAAGUCCAGAUGUUCUGUGAAACUAGAAACGGUAGUCCUAGCCAUAAUUUGGUGAUGAAUAAGGGUUUUAGCCACGACCAGAGUAAGAAAAAAUCAUCUAAUUCUCAUUUCGAAGGUCAGAUUGACCUCAAUAUACAUCCAGAACGAGAUGGAGAUUUAUCGUCUCUUCUUAAUUCUGUUGGCAUCACUAGGACGCUCCAAGAUGCUACUCAACAAAAGAUCUCAAGCUUAGGAGGGAAUUCGACAAACUCUCAGCCACAUCUUUCGGGAGUUGUAGGAAAUUACAGCAAUGGUGUUUUGCAUGAUGGUAGUAGGCAUUAGAAUGCUGAAUCAGAACAUCCAAGUUUUUUAGUAACUAAAAGAUGAUAAAGCACUGUUGUAUCCGGAGCAAGUCAGUCUUGUUGAUGGAAGUACUUUAGCUGGUGUACAUUAUCUGUAUCAGGACUAUGCUGCUUUAAAUAUGUACAUAAAGACAUGCAGUGUGUAGAUGAUAGAUCUAUGGUUACAAAUUUUAAGUAAUUAUGUUACACAA